AUGGGUGAGCGAGACCUCCUCAAUGCCCAAGCGCGCGGCCUCCGGGUAUGCCUUGGACUGCCACGCACGGCUGAAACCUACACCGUACUUGCGGAGGCGCAAGAGACGCCCGUGCAUAUUCUACGGGACCGAGAGACGCUCCGCAUCUUUGCGCGCUUCGUCACGCAGCACCCUUGCCACUACCUGCUGUCCAUUGAGGAUGCCCGCCCCGCAUCGGCCUUUGGCGGAGCCGUCCGCCGUCUUAAGGCUAUCCUCCCGGACCGCUCCUCAGGUGUAUCCUACGCCCCUCCUUUAUGGGCCCUUGCCAAGCCCCAGGUAUUGACCAGCGUCCCUGGCCUAGGCCGAAAGAGGGAGACGCCGUUAGCCGUUGCGCGUCAGCUCGUCCUCGAAUACCUAUCGACGCAUCAUCAACACCGUCAAGCGAUCUAUACAGACGGAUCCGUAACACUUGAUGGGGCCACUGCAGCCAUCUACGUUCCUCAAGGUAACAUCGAGCAAGCUUUCAGGCUCUCCCAUACCACCUCCUCCACCGAAGCCGAGCUCUUCGCAAUCCACGCGGCCCUCCGGCACAUCACGACAUCGCCCCCAGGAACCUGGACGAUCCUGUCGGACAGCAAGGCGGCACUGGAGACACUCGACUCAUACUGCACCAAAACAACGGACGACCUGCACACAAUGGCAAUGUCCCUAGCCAACACCGCCCUUGCUUCCGGGCACAAUAUAUGUCUGCAGUGGAUACCCAGCCACAUUGGCCUCGGCGGGAACGAUCGUGCAGAUGCUGCGGCCAGGCGCGCACACGAACAACCCGACGCCGCGGCGCGCAUACCGCUCACCCCCUCGGCUUGCCGCAUCCAGAUCCGCCGCUGGGCCGCCCAAGAGGCGCAGAGAUUCAUUCGAGAAUCAGCCCGUUUCAACGACUUCCUUCGCUCCAUCGACCCGGCGGUGGAGUUCUCCCCACCACGACGUCUCCAAAGACCACAAGAGACACUCCUCCACCGACUGCGCCUCAACUUGGCAUACACGCCACCGGUCCAGCGCAUGAUGGGGAGGCAGAUCUCGGCCCUCUGCGAUGCUUGCGAAGUGGUUGCGGACACAUCACACCUCCUGCUGACCUGCCCCAAGUACACCAACCAUCGCGAUACCCUUUUCCGCUGCCUCGAACGUUUCGGGCACAACCAGCUCACGCUGGCCGCACUUCUUGGCCCUGUGCCUCAGCACCAACAGUGGGCCGUCACAACUGCUUUACUGCACUUCCUGAAGUGCGCUGGCCUGGCCUCGAAGCUCUGA